GAAAAAGAAAUUCAAAAUCCAGCCGUCAAUGUCAAUUCAUUCACAUCUCCUCUCUCCAAGCCCUCUCUCUCUCUCUCUCUCAAAGGCACACGCGGAAGUACGUUCACUGUGACACGACAAAGCACCGAAGCUUGAGAAAAUGAUGGAUGAACAGCCAAAACGGAGCUCUCCAAAACAAUCUGAAAAUGGAGAAAAAGGGAAUUGUGUGUUCAGCCCUGGGUUUAGAUCUGUUGCAGCCAUGGCUGGUUGGGACGAAGAAGCAUUGUUAAUGGCGUCGCUUGUCGUUGAAGAUACGCCGGAUCGUGAUGCUAAACAGAAGAGACGCUCAGAUCCGCUGUUCAAAACUCCACCUACUAAUUCUAGAAGAAAACGCAGAGAUCAGAGGAAGAGUCCUGUUUCGUUACCUGUGGCUGUUCUUGAUCUAGACGAAGAGGAAGUUUCUAGAGAAGAAAUCGUAGAAGAGAAGAAAGAACAGAAAAUUCUUGUGGAUAUUAACAGUAAAAAGGAUGAGAAAUCAAAAGAAUCGACGUCAGAAAGCUCUUCCAUUCCAUGCAUUGAUCGACUUCGUGAAGAACUCUCUUGUGCUAUUUGCUUAGAAAUUUGCUUCGAACCAAGCACCACUUCUUGUGGGCACAGUUUCUGCAAGAAAUGUCUGAGAUCUGCUGCUGAUAAAUGCGGAAAAAAGUGCCCAAAAUGCAGACAGCUUAUAAGCAACGGAAGAUCUUGCACCAUAAAUACAGUUCUAUGGAACACGAUACAGCUUUUGUUUCCACAAGAAAUAGAGGCAAGAAAGGUGGUGUGCGGAGGUUCAAACACAUUACAAUCCACUGACCUCCAAAGCCCUCCGGCAAGGAGGAGGAGCCAAUACCGGAGUGUUGUUGAGGCGUUAAAUAGUCCUGAAGGAGAACAGCUAAGCUUGGAAAGGAGGCGGAGGACUGUUAACCACAACCACAACCACCGCCAUCAUCAUAAUCUGAGACAACAACAGAGCUUUCGUCCUGCCUCUGUGGUGUUACUGAACAGUGGAGCAGCCGGAGAUAAUAGCGUGAGCAGGAGGAGGAGGAGGCGGGAGGUGGUGGUGCUGGCACCACCUGAGCAAGAUGAGGAUGCUGCUUUGGCAUUGAGAUUGCAGAGAGAGGAGUUCAUGGGUGCGUUUGGAGGGUCUGAACAACAAGGGAGAAGAAACUCGGUUGCAACUGCUACAGUGAAUCUGAGGGCAAUGGCAUCAAGAGCUGUUGGUAUUCGCAACCAUCGUGGUGGUGGUGGUCGUUAAAUAAAAGUGUGUAGGCUUUUUUUCAUCACAACUUCUGUGAUAAUCAAAGAUGAUGAGUGUGGUUUCUUUUGUUCCUUAAUUUUAUUUCAAGAUUUGGUAUGUUGUGUUA